AUGGACAAAUUAACUGAUAAAGAGGAACAACGUUUUCAAAGAACCAAGUUCUGUCAAAAAUGUUCAAAACAUUUUAAAAACAAUAAUUUGGUUAAAGUUCGAGAUCACUGUCAUUUUACUGGCAAAUAUAGGCAAUGUCUCUGUCUUCAAUGUAAUUUCGAAAUAACUAGUCCAUCGUUCGUUCCAAUAUUCUUUCAUAAUUUAUCUUAUGAUAGUCACUUCAUAAUUCGGGAACUAGGUUGCGAUGAUAAAGAUAUUCAUAUUAUUCCUAAUUCAUCGGAAAAAUAUAUAUCCUUUAGCAAGGAAAUCGCACCUAGAUUUAGUAUUAAAUUUGUCGAUACAUUCCGUUUUAUGAGUGAGUCGCUAAGUAAACUUGCAGCCAAUUUAUCUGAAGAUAAGUUGAGGUUUAGAGAAACCCUAAAAAUAUUUUCAAUCAAAUCAUUAGAUUUAGUUACACGGAAAGGAGUCUUCCCUUACGAAUAUGUCGAUAGUUGGAGUAAAUUAGACAAUGCUUUUUUACCAUCAAAGCUUGAAUUUUAUAACUCGUUAACAGAUGAACAAAUUAGUGAUGAAGAUUAUAGACAUGCAAAAAAUGUAUGGAAUACAUUUGACGUAAAGACUUUGGGUGAAUAUAGCGAUCUUUAUUUAAAAACUGAUGUUACCAUACUAGCUGACGUGUUCGAAAAUUUUAGAGACAUAUGUUUAUCUACUCUCAGAAUAGAUCCUGCUCAUUAUAUGACUGCCCCUGGAUUUGCUUUUGAUUGUAUGCUUAAGUAUACAAAGGUUAAAUUAGAGAGGUUAAAGGAUUAUAAUAUGUUACUCUACUUCGAAAAAUCAAUCCGAGGCGGUAUUUGUCAAUCAACUAAAAGAUAUGCUAAAGCAAACAUACCAAAUAUUGAAGGAUUGGACUAUAAUUCGAAUGAACCGAUUACUUGGAUUACAUAUCUCGACUGUGUAAAUUUAUAUGGAAAGUCUAUGUUGACAGAACUACCUUUUAAAGAUUUUGAAUGGGUUGAUGAUCUCGACAUAGAUGUAACUAAAAUUUCUGAAGAUUCUGAAGUAGGAUAUAUAUUAGAAGUUGAUAUCGAGUACCCUAAACAUUUACAUAAAACCCAUAAUGAUUUUCCGUUUUUACCGUUUAACGAAUGCCCACCAAAUUCGAAAGUUGAGAAAUUGUUAACUACUCUAUCACCGAAAAAAAACUAUAUUGUACAUUACAAAAAUUUAAAACAAGCGAUUUCUCACGGUCUUAAAUUAGUAAAAAUUCAUCGAGCUAUCCGCUUUUCACAAAAAAAAUGGAUGGCAUCAUACAUUGAGUUCUGUACAAAAAUGAGAGCAGAAGCAAAAAAUGAGUUUGAAAAAAAUUUCUGGAAGUUGUUAAUUAAUAGCGUUUUUGGUAAAUGUAUGGAGAAUGUCCGAGCAAGAACUUCUAUAAAACUGGUUUCAUCAGAAAAAAAAGCGAAUAAACUAAUGACAAAAACUAGUUUUAAAGACAGAACUAUAUACUCUAAAAAUCUCAUGGCUAUUCACCAACAUAAGGAAACUAUUAAAUUCGAUAAGGCAAUUUAUGUGGGAUUUGCAAUUUUAGACGUUUCGAAAACAUUUAUGUACGAUUUUCACUAUAAUGUCAUGAAGAAAAGGUAUGGUACUAAAAUUAGUUCUUUAUAUUCGGAUACUGAUUCCUUGAUAUACGCUAUUCAAACUACAAAUUUUUUCAAUGAUUUAAAAAAUGAUUUAUUACCAUAUUUUGAUACAUCUAACUAUCCCAAAGACCAUUAUUGUUUUAGCGAAUUACAUAAAAGUCAGCCAGGCUUUUUCAAGGAUGAAUUGAAAGGAAUUAUACUUAAAGAAUUCGUUUCAUUAAGACCGAAAUUAUAUGCGUACAAAACUGUAGACGGUACUGAGGAAAAAAAAGCAAAAGGCGAUAAAUUAACUCACAGGGUCAUGAAUUUUAUCCAAUCAAACAAACAUGUUGUUCAAUCGAAAACAAUGAACAAACUUGUUCUAAGCGCUAAUGACGAUAAACGUUAUAUAAAUGACGACGGGAUAAAUACUUUGGCUUAUGGUCACUACAAACUAGAUAAAUUAUAUAAUUAA